AUGCCCACACAAACGGAACGCAGCAGCAGCAGCAUGAGUGAAAGGAAAAGCAUGGAAAGACAAGUCUGCGCUAUCGCGCUCAGAGCUCUCUCGCCCAUCGGCUUCUUGGUCGCGUCUCAUUCAAGGUUUGCCAUUCAAAGAGAGCAGUCCGGAUUUUUUGCAGCGCGCGACAGUGUGUUUGUCAGCUUGGAUGAUAGCGUGAAAGAGAAAGAAACAAAACGACACAACUCGUUCUGGGUGCGAUUGAUUUGCAAUUCUAAACAAACGGUCGCGUUCGCGAUGGCACGCAAGAAGGGAACUACCAAAACAAAAUCGAACGGCAGGAAGGCUGCGUCAGAAACCAAACAAACGGACAAAAAAGAUGCCAAAAUAAAAGGUGAGUAACAAGCAAUCGCUGUUGUGUUUUUGAGCAACUGAUACUGAC